AUGCAUGUUGAAGAUAUAUUCUUUCAUUUCCAGAAGGAUGUUCAUACACUAUCGCAGACGACGCGAUCGAGUGCAGCACGUCGAAGUCUGAACGCGUCCACGUCGCCAGUGCUGGCGCAACGAUGCUCCAGUCCAAGCCGCGCCAACGUCGCUUGCGGUAGUACCACCACCAGCAACAGAACCGCAGUAAAUGUGGGAGUACCGAUGAGAUCCUAUUCUUCACGAAAUGGAAAUUCACUGAUAGCACCGCAGCAUGACAAUCGUCGGUGGUCUCUAGCGUCGCUUCCGUCAACAAGUGGUUACGGAACGCCUGGGAGUAACUCUGCAUUUUCGGCAAAAUCGCAAAUGGAAGAGAAGCUGACGGCAUUUGUCGCUGAGCACGCGCCUCUUAGCGGCGGCUCGUCGUCUGGAGAUACGGAACUUAUCUCGGACGGUGCUAGUAGUCGUCGCUCGAUGCUGUUAUGUUCCUUACUUUGGGCUGCUUUUGAAGUGUCUUCUAUUAAGGUUUUGGAUACGGAAACAUCCACGGAUUUGGCUCUUUUACGGUUGAUUAGUGACGGAGCAACGAGGUUCUUGCACCAUCAAAUUGUCGAAGUGGCAUCGGAUUGUCUAUCACGUUCUCGUGAUGACACCAUAACAUGUUCGUAUUUUUGCGAGAUGAGUCAACGACUGGAUGAAACAUUGAACGAAGCCCAGCAGAAGACGUCGCCUGAGUCGUUUGAAUAUCUCUCAAAACUCACGAAACAAUUACUGAUGAUUGUGAGUCGGCCGGCACGACUUCUUGAAUGUCUAGAAUUCGAUCCGGACGAAUUCUAUCAUUUACUUGAAGAGGCUGAAGGUGUUGUAAGGGAACAGCUUGGUAGCGGUAGUGCUCGAGUACCGGAUCUUCCGCAAUACAUCAUUGGAAAACUCGGCCUCGAUCGGGAUCCGUUGAUGGAUGUGGAACUGAGGGCCGACUCACCACCUAAUCCAGCACCUACGGCCGAGCUAACUCGAAUUGAUGACGCCGUUCCUGAAUGUUCUGAAGGCACAGUGACGCGGCAGAGAGCUCCACGCGAAGAUGACUAUGAAACUAUCAAACUAGUAAGCAAUGGCGCCUACGGUGCAGUUUACCUAGUGAGGCAUCGUGAGACACGUCAGCGUUUCGCUUUGAAGAAAAUGAACAAACAAACACUGGUUUUACGGAACCAGAUUGAUCAGGUGUUUGCCGAACGUGACAUUUUGACGGUAGCCGACAAUCCAUUCGUAGUUUCCUUCUACGGUUCGUUCGAAACUAAACAUCACCUCUGUAUGCUUAUGGAGUAUGUUGAAGGUGGUGAUUGUGCAGCACUGUUAAAGAACGCAGGCACUCUGCCAGUUGAUCUCGCCAGGUUGUAUGUGGCGGAAACGGUGCUGGCCAUCGAGUACUUGCAUUCGUAUGGCAUCGUUCAUCGUGAUCUGAAGCCAGACAAUUUGCUAAUCACUGCAAUGGGUCAUAUAAAGCUGACCGAUUUUGGAUUAUCAAAAAUCGGUCUCAUGAAUCGUACGACGUUGGUUGCGGAAGGUUUCGAAAACACCGCCGAUACACAGCAAUUUAAAGACAAACAGUUAUGUGGAACACCAGAAUAUAUUGCACCUGAGGUGAUUCUGCGCCAAGGUUACGGUAAACCAGUCGACUGGUGGGCGUUAGGCGUGAUUCUCUACGAGUUUCUCGUUGGAUGUGUACCAUUUUUCGGUGAAUCACCGGAGGAUCUUUUCUCAAAGGUUAUAACAGAAGACGUUGAGUAUCCGGAUGGCGACGAAGCGUUACCGGCUGAGGCGGAAGAUCUCAUAAGACGGCUUCUUGAGAAAAAUCCAUUCGAGCGACUAGGAACACUGGUUGGUGCCACUCAGCUAAUGGUACAUCCGUUCUUCAACUCACUAGACUUUAAUUCACUGCUGCGUCAGAAGGCUGAAUUUGUACCGCAACUGGAAAAUGACGAGGAUACGAGCUACUUUGACACUCGAAAUGAUCGCUACAAUCAUGACGCUGAAUCGUGUGGUGAGGAGGAGGUCCCGGCCACGGCGACUGUAGCGCCGAUGUUCCAUUCGUUUUCGACUGCAAGUCACAGACAUUCUGUCGCCGCUGUAGACGCGAAUCAAAUUCCUCACGUAAGUCAAAUUUGUCAGAGUGGAAAGAAAAGAAAACAAGCAAUGCUUCUCCGUCGUCGUUUCUCCGCGCAACGUCAGGCGAACAUCUCGUCGUCGUCGAGCACUACGGCAGGUACUGGCUGUCAGAACAUAGCGUGUUCAUCUACUGACAGCAGCAUGGACGCGUCGCAUGUCAGCACUGUUAUGGUGGGAGUCGAUACGAGAAAGUACGCUCACUCGCCCCCUGCUCCACUACAGCUCAUAAUCAACCCGGGUUCAUCUACCUCGAACGAACCAACGUGCUCUAGCAUGGCAGGUAGUCAAUUGUCACCUGGCGCAGUGUCGGGGUCAUCGGCCUCUUCGUAUGAUGGCUUCAGUCCUGCGCUUCCACUUGAUAAGCCACCACUCAUUAUCAGAAAAGGUCCGUUUGGAUUUGGAUUCACGCUGAAAUCGGUACGCGUCUAUUUGGCUGAACACUCGGAUUACUACACUAUAGAGCAUAUAGUGACAGCUGUUGUAGAAGGUAGUCCAGCUUCUGAAGCCGGUCUUCGUUGCAACGAUCUCAUUAUAGCCGUGAACGGACAGGCUGUUCAUAAUCUCACACAUCCGCAACUCAUGCAUCGCCUUUUAAGCUACGGAAAUGAGUUGGUGUUGAAGGUCACUCCACUUUCGGCAACGUCCAUAAAAGAAGGUGCACCAAGAAAAACACUGGGAAAGCUAGCGAAAAAGAAGCCGAGGCGUCCGCAACGUCGUGUUGCUCUAGAGAAGAAACCGAGAAAGCCGUCAUCCUUGCUUCGACGCCUUAGCGGAAAACGUGCCACAAAUGACAUUGUUCCGGGUAGUUCGUGCCAAAAACAGACAUUUAUGCCAAGGUCACCUCUUGUUUCGUCACGACCGUCAUCGUUGAGGGUUCCGAAGCAACCAGCACCAUCUCCCAGUGUUUGUCCUAGUGGCCCGUCAGCAAAUGCUAUCAACGUUGUCAAGAUACCUACAUCACCGAUACCAGUUAGCCCACUUGCCAGAUCAGAGCAGCAAGAUGCUCCCGCUCCAGUGUUCACAAGGUGA